GCCAUUAGAAUUGGAAGUGAAGAACUAAAAUAGUUUAAUCUCUGGCAUUGUUUGGAUUUUUUCACGCACUACAUAUUACACUUUUUGAAAGUACCGAGCCAGUAAAAAAGGAAGUGAAGAACUAGAAUAGUUUAAUUUCUGGCACUGGAUCGGAUUUAUUCACGCACUACAUAUUACACUUUUUGAAAGUAUCGGUAGAUGGAAUCAGAUACGCGAUGAGUUGUUUCAGCUUCCAUCUUUUUACCAGAUGAUAUUUCGACCCCCGGCCUCUUCGAAGAUGAUAUGAUGAGUGCAGGGGACUUCCUGUGUGUAGGGGACUGGAUCACGCUGUUCUGCGAGGAAACGGAGGGAUAUCUCUACAGUUGGCAGUCAAGCUCCACACACAAUGGUCUCUACAUAUACCAACGCCAGGAUAGAGAAAAGCCGGGGAAUAUUCCUAAUAGCCAAGCCGUCCAGUUUCAAAUGUGUAUACAGAACCGAUACAAACUCAACAAGAAGUAUCGGAAAUGGUUGGAAAGCAGUCAGAAUGACCCAGACAAUCUGGACACCAAAGCCUACCUAUCACAAUCAAAGUUGUCCGCACAAGCAGAAAACGAUGAUAAUAUUGCAGAACAACGGCGUCAACAGGGCAAACGAGUACGAUAUGGGGAAAUAAUUCAGCUCAAACAUAUGUUCACGGGGAAAUUUAUCCACGUGAGCACCACUCAAACCAGUAGACGGGACAAAAACAACAUGAUGGUCCACCUACAAGACUUUAAUGCCAAAAAUGCUCAAUUUAGAAUUCUUCCCCGAUACAAAGUCAAGUCAGAGGGUGAAGUUAUACAAAUAUACGACCAAAUUGUUUUUGAAAGUGUCAAAUCACCAGGGCAGUUCUUCCACGCUAGUGCACCGUGGAGAAUUGAUCACUAUAGCUACGGGAUGCUUCCGCCACCUAAAGAGCAGCGAGUUGGAAAGGACCAUUAUUUCAUGAGGUCUGAGUUGAACCUUGGUGUUGAACAGACAGGGUUCACCCUCGUCAAGUGCGGCAAACCGUCCGAAGAAGAUGAGAAAUUUCUAAAGGGAGGCUGUGCACUGCGGAUGUUUCACAAAGAAUUGGAAGCGUACGUUGUAGCAGAGGGCCUUUUUGAUGAAGAAGUCAAUGAAGAUGUUCAUCUCAGAAUACGAGAGAUCGACCAGCUUGUUCCAAAAACCUUGUAUCCUUCUAGUUCUGGCAUUACAUACUGGCAAGUUGAAGCUGAGCAGAGUAUACUCAAAGGUGAUGUCUUAAGGUGGGAGCAGCAGAUUAGAUUUCGUCAUAUGACAACGCGGCAAUACUUAAGCAUUACUCCUGAUCUCAAAGUAUCACUAGUGACAGAAUCAAAUGACCCUAAAACAGUAUUCAGGCUUCACCCAGUCAUAAAGGAAACAGAUGAUAUAUUAUUUGAAAGCUAUGCAAGAAUAGAGCACGUUCUAAGUGGCUCUUGGCUUCACGCCCAUAAAGAUGAAGUAUACACGCGGCGGCAGUUUCAAGGACACGAUGAGGACUACAAUUCUAUGACAGGUCUACGAUGGGAUGGGGCGGAGUUACGGCAGAUAUCUGCAAGUGGGGAACGUAUGUACGAUGAUGCCUAUACGCUUCAACGAGUUGAAGACACACACCUUCAUACAUUCAACGUGGUGGCUGGCAUGGUUCCGUUCCUUAGAAAUCUUAUACAAGAUCGAAAAGAUGGCAAAAUACUCAAUGCAAGGAAAACACACAGGAUAUGCACAGCACUGAAUGAGUUAAAGCAGUUCAUGAUUGUCAACGGCGUCCCCACCAAAGUGAGACAAAAGCUAAUGAGGAACCUCAAGAUUAUUGACCUGCUUGUGCAACUGGUUAAGUGCAACCUAAAGGGUGUCGCUGACCAAGUCCACCUAACAGACGUGUUUAAGGGAGCGUACGAGGUCCUAUAUACCUACAUGAUAGGAAACAGUAGGAAGAAUGCACUCUACUUCGCCAAGUACAUCGACUUCUUUCAAACACAAUUCAGCAUCAAGGGUGAGAUAGGGUUGAAUGUGGCACAGAUGAUUGUUGAACUCAUUAGAGACAAUAGGAAAAUUGUGGACAGAAUAACACAUCAACAAAUCGAUGAAUUUGUGGGUCUACUUAGAGAAAACAAGAAUUAUCGCUACCUAGACCUGUUGAGUGUCCUAUGUGUGUGUGAUGGAGUGGCGAUUGCUGAUAACCAGACGUAUAUCACUGAAAACUGGCUCAGAAAAGACUCGAGCGGUGUGUUUCUUACAGAAAGAGGACAAAAUCUGAAGAAACAGACAAACGUUGUGUUCCUUUCAACUGACCAAAGCAGGACUUGGGUGCCGCUGCAUGAAUUUGUAAAUAAAACAAGACCCGAUUUCUCGGAAGAAAAAUGCUUAUUUCUGGAGCACCAACUGGACCUGUUUAGAAACCUGUGUUAUGGUCGAAAUGAAUAUGCAGUUGAAACGAUAACAAAAGAGUAUAAUUAUCUAACGUGGGAAGAAGCAUUCCUUUGCAUCAGAUUGGACCUCAUACCAGACGCUUUGCGAGCAAAGUACUGCGAUCUCAUAAUUUGCCUGUUUGUUGACAUAGGGAACAAUCACUCAGUAUUGGAUCAUACCAACAACUCUUUCGUCUAUGACGAGAUAUAUUCGAAGGCAGUUCCACAACAGGACUUCGUAGUCAAAGACCUGGUGACGAUAUUCCCAGUGCUGCGGGACUGGAUAACGUCAUUCCUGGAUGAUAACAAAUAUAUGACAGCAUCUGAUAUUGGACACAAUAUGCUCAUUGAACAGGUAUUGCGGCUAUUACACUACUUAGUACGGUUUGGUUACUACGGCAACGCGAGGGAUGUAAAAGAACUGCAGAAACCCCUCUUGAAUUUACUAGAGGGUAAAAACGAUAUCCCCUUUCCACAGGACUUGGAAAAGGGAUACUCCAAAGAAGCACAAAUGGUAGUGGCGCGAUACAGAGACAAGGAAAGAUAUGACAUGGCGCCAGAGACCAGUGCAAUAGUAGAUGCCAAAUACCAAGCAAUGCAAGUAUUAGAUCUGUUAAUGACAUACCAGUUCAACACAAGAUUGGAGAGCUUUAUUGCAAAGUUCAAAGUUGCAGAGCGAAGUGCGGGAACCAAGAAACAACAUAAACUUUGCCCACUUCUCUAUGAAACAUACGAUUCUUUAGAUACAACCAAGAAAUCAACUAAAGAACAGAAAAAAGCAUACGCUGCUUUGAACGACAUGUUUGAGGCUACCUCAUACUUCGACAACGAGCAUCUCAUUGCAGUAUUACUGGAUCUUUCUAACUACAAGUAUGAUAAGAUGGUGACAAAAUCACUGGCAUUAUUGAACAAGUUCUACUCGUCCAAGUCAAAUACUUUCAAAAUCGCAGUACAAGCCCAGGUUCUUAUCACCCCUGACUCAAUCAAGGUCCACCGAGAAGUGCAGCAUAACAUGCCUUUGCUCAGACGUCUUGCCAAAUCUAAACUUAGUGAUGAGCAGGUCAUCACUAUGAGUGACAUCCUCGAAAAAUUUAUCAAGUUCUGCCACAUGCCGUACAGUGAUGAGGAACGUCAUCCGAUGAACCAAAGUAUUCUAAUCAAUCAUGAGGUGUUAUCACUUGUUUUUGAUACACUUUCCCAAGAGAUAGAUGCCAAGCUCAUAGAACAAUACAGAGGCAUUCGGUCUAUUAUGACCACUAGUCUAAAGUUGUUAAAAGCGUUGGCAAAGGGCAACGACUCCGUGCAGAGGAGAAUAUACGAUCGGUUAGAUUCGCUACUUAGAGUGAGAUGUGUAGAAUGUGAACUAGCAGCUGCCUUGAAAGAGGCAUUUGCAGGCAACCAGACAACAUGUCAAAAAGUUCUACCGAGACAGAUCCAGAGAAUUGUCCUUUUAACCGCUGAACAUAAGGAAGAAGUUCCUGAAUUUCUCGACCUUUUGAAUGCCAUUGCAAAGGUACAAGGUCUGGACCUGGCUCUGAGAAGGAAUCAAACACAUAUAAUGAAAUUCAUUAUGCAAAACUACAGUAGAACAGCAUAUGUCAUUGAUAAACCAAAGGAAAAGAGAGAGAGAAUCCUCACGGGGAAAACCACCGGAAGACACUUGCAGUAUUUGGUCAGUCUAGUAGAGCUGCUCUCAACAUGUGCCGAGGGUGAAAACAGGUUUAUCGAAUCACUUUGUCAGAGCAUCAUACCAAUUGAAGAAAUUCUAUGGACUCUGACUCACAACAAGAUAUCAGUUGAUAUCAAGAAGGCCUACCUGAAGUUUUUACUCUGGGUUUACAUGAGGACUUCCGGAAGUAUUGUUGACAGUGGGGCGGGAGAGUUACCUCACGAUAAAUUGAUGUGGCAGUACUUAGAAGAUAUAACUCAACUGUCCAACUGGCUCACGGAUUAUGUGAACGAUAACAGAGAAGCAGUGAAGGAAAUGCUUAGGAAUACACCAGACAAAGGAAUAUUAUCUGGUUCAGAUGAAGAAACAAAAGCCCUCGCUACGCUCAUAUACUUCCUCGAUGCAGUAUUGCCAUUCCUUAGAACAUUUUUCAGCAAAUUCUACUCUGUUGAUAGAGAGAUUUUCCCAAGAGAGCCAGAUAUUGUCAACGACCUUGCCAACGCUCUGCUGAUGUUUUGUGACGCAACCCGUCCACUUAUGCCACACCCUGGUCAGCUGAAAGUAAUGAUGAGUUGUAUGACGACACUCUUGCCGGCUUCAACACUUUCUAUGUCUGUGAUCGAAGGGUUUGUGGAACAAUUUGGAUCUGCCAACUGGAUGAGCCAGUUCUUCGACGACACCGAGGCGCAAAUGGACUACUAUGGAGCGGAGUUGGAAUUAAACGCAAAAUUCCGUACAUUCGCAGUGAACGCAAGUAUGCUAUACGGAGGCCACAACACAGUCGCGGCUCAAUUAAAGUAUACAUCGAACAGAGGUGAAUCCAGAGAAUACACAAAAAUUGGAGGUGACGAGGCUCUACCGCUAGGAGAGGAGUUCCAAGAUCACAUACGGUGCUUUAUGACUCCUAAUGAGAAAAAACUGCCAAAGAAAUAUGCCUUAUCAGAAAAACUUGUCCAGCAGUUGGGUAUAUCGGCCACACAAGCUAAUCUGAACGAAGCCACUCGGCUUGAACAAGAGGAACUGGACAUCAAAUGUUUGCAACUACUCAGAGCUAUUAUCCAUAACGAGGAGAGGAAACUUCCGGAAGACUGGGAUGAAAACCCACAAAAACAUAAAAAGAGAAUUUACAGAGAACAGUUGGACAAUAUUCGAGACAUUCAGAACAUUCUAACGGGACACGGUGCAGUCGUUAAAGUUCUCCCACAUCUGGCAAGAUAUAAUGAUGACAUUGUAAAGGAGGUUCUGUCUCUAUUAGCAAUGAUGCUGUUCAACGCAAAUGUAACUGUGCAGGUUUCACUCAUAGACUACUUCAAGGCAACCAGAGAAGAGGUCUUUUUCGUUGCAAUACGAAAUCGAAUGCAAAUGUCUAUUGUGGCGAUCAAAGAGCGUAGAUCACUCGAGGCCCAACGUCAUGCAAGAAUCAAGGAACUGUUGAAUCAGACAAAGAGCAUCCAGUCGACAAUGUCUGCUGGACGAAAAGCUCUUCAUGAGCUACAAGCGUUCGAGAAUGAAAUCAAAAGAAAUCCUUUGCAGCCAGCGCGCAAGGCGACGUUGGGUAUGCUACAGUCGCGUGCGUCACAACGUUCAGUCAAGCUAAAGAAAAACAAAGACAGUCUCAAGAAAUCAAAAGAAAAAACGAAACCCAAGAAAAAAGUCCAGUUUAACAACGUAGAGACUAAUCUUGAAGAAGGUGUAACGAUAUCCAAUGGGGAAGCAGACUUUGAAAUGAGUAACCAUAGUAACCACAACGAUAGCAUAUAUAACCAUGUAGACGUGAAAGUCAUGCCUUCAGAUGGAAUAGACAAUCAAGGCUUUACUGACAUACAGCAAGACACUGAUUUGGACGAUGGGGAUAAGGUCGAGUAUAAGGACGAAGGUUACAUAGUGCUUGUGCUGAACCUACUCGCUUGCAUGUGUGAUGGCCAGCAUAAAGGAUUACAGGAUUACCUAAGGGAACAACCUGAUAACAUUAAAACGGUUGAUCUUAUAGCAGAGACAACCCAGUUUGUUAAUAUGGUGUACGCCAACAUCAAUGGCGAAACGAUCGAUCUAGUCGUCCAGUUGUUCACAACAUUAAAUGAAUUCUGUGCAGGAAAUCAAGCGAACAGAGUCGUGCUAUUCAACAACAAAGUUAUAGAUUACAUUAACUUUAUCCUAAGGGCUGGCUCCUUUGAGGAUUGUGAUCCAUCUCAAGUAUUAGAGCUGAAUGCAGUCAUUGGAAACCUUCUGGUUUCCUUGAUUGAAGAGAACUCACCAGAGGCUUACAGGGUUGCAAAAGAAGUGAAAGACACGUUGGAUAAAGACGCCAUCUAUCGGAUCAUGUCGAACUGCUAUCAGAUGCACCAGACCGAGAAGCCAAAAUGGGAGGAGUUAAUACAGAAGAAUGCUUUAACAAGUAAAACUGCUGCUCUCAAAUCAGCAAAAUCUCUUGCCAAAGUGGGAGGAAAAUUCAUGAUGAAAGCAUUGAAAGGGAAAGAAUUGGGAAUGAGGGAGAAGUUGAUUGAGACGGGAUUCCUCUACUACUUUGUGUUGCAGAGAAUGUACGACAUCGACCCUCAAUUAGAGACUCAUGAUGAUCUGAAGCCAACGACAGAGCAACAGAAAGCAUUCAAGUACUACAAGAAAAACUCGAUGUCAAUUGAGAUUAUGAAAGACGACUAUUUAGCUAAAGCUACAUUCCGGGUAAAAAAUAAGAAUCUCUUAAGAGAGGAAGUAAAGGAGAAACUAAAAUGGAGCGCUGAUCGUUCCUCUCCUACGAAUAAGAUCAGAGAUCUGAUGAUGUGGUCCAAAGAUAUAUUAAAGGACAUAUACUAUCAAAGGAGAAUACUCACGAACCCUAUUGCAGCAUUCCUAACCAAGAAUUGGUUAACAUGGAACUACUUUACUAUAAUACUGAGUGUUGUGAUAAACAUAUUGAUGUUGAUGUCGUGGCAUGCUCCAAUGGCAAUAACUGCAGACACCCCAGAUGAUGAUGAUGACUACUGGAUAAACAAUACUCUUCCUCCGGCAAUACACGAUUACACACCUAAGCUGCUGACAACAGACUACUUAACGUGGAUAUAUAUUCUGGGAGGGGUUCACAACUUUUUCUCUCUCCUAGUCUUCAUCAGCUACUUCCUGUCAAAUCAUCCACAACUUCCGGAUAUCCGCUGGAUUUGGAACUGGAUCAAACGGAGGAUCGGGCGAAAAACAGACGAGGACUGGGAAGAAGAUGAGAAACAAGAACAUAAAUCAAAACUAGAAGUACAAUUAUUUAGCUUUCAAACAUUUUAUUUUACACUGUUCCUUGGGAUGUCUGUGGCUGGUACCAUAACACAAGGAUACUUCUUCGCCUUCCAUUUAUUAAACAUAGUCAACAAUAAUCAGCUUCUUGGUGGAGUCAUACAGGCAGUUACACAAAAUGGUCGAUCCUUGCUCUGGGUAGCAGUCCUCUUUCUCAUUGUCUUUUACCUCUACGGCCUCGUCGCCUUCGCUCUUCUUAGACCCUCAUUUAAGCCAAACGAAGAGUUCUAUUGUGAGACGCUAUGGCAGUGCACAAUUACAGUCGUGCGUUAUGGGAUGGUCGGCGAUCUGUUUGAGCGCAUUGGUCUCCACACCACCGAGAAUACAUUCAUGAACUUUGGAUACCUCACUAUCUUCAACAUCUCGUUCUUCAUCAUUAUCUGCACCAUUGGUCUCAAUAUCAUAUUUGGUAUCAUUGUCGAUACAUUCUCAGAACUCAGAGACCUAAAGUGGACCGCUGAAUCAGAUAUGAGAGACACGUGUUACAUAUGCAGUAGAAAAAGCUAUGACUUUGAGCACCAUGCAAACGGGUUUGAUACUCAUGUAAAACUCGAACACAAUAUGUGGGCAUACAUAUUUUUCUUCAUCCAUCUGGAUGAUACAAAACACAACGACUAUACUGCUUUGGACCUUUAUGUAUAUACUCUGCUCAAACAAGAGAGAUACGAUUUCUUUCCGCUGAACCGAGCUCUGUCGCUGAGUAACGUCGAUGAGGAUAGCGCUGAAUCAAAGCUAGAUGAGCUACUUAAAUACAUGAUCAUGAUUGUACGGAAACAACGAGAUGAGGAAUCUGAAAAGAAGCGUCGCGAGGAGAGAAUGAAACAACGCAAAUGGCAAGAGGAGCAUAGAAAAGCAAUGAAAGAGGGUGAGGGGGCAAAAGACAUUGAUGCAACUAUAAAACAAGCAAUGGAGGAUAUUGAAUCCAUGGGAAGCAUUGACCAUGAUGACUUAGAUGCAAAGUAUAUACCCAAAGAAUUCCAGUCUACUAGACUUUAGUGACUUUAGUACGAACCAUUCCAUUAUAUUCAAACUAAUAAAGUUUGAAUAUUUACCAGGCUGGGCGAAGUUUGAAUGGGAAGAUGAUACCACAACAUUUCAAUGGAAACAAAUCAUUGAAAUCAAAAACUUAAAUGUCACUUGCCAUUUGUUAAAAUCAUAUCGUAAAAAUAUUGAGCUACAGUUUAAGGAACAUUUACUGAAAAUUUCAUGGAAAAAUAUCAAUUAUUAAUAAAGUUAGAGCAUAUAGUUCAU